AGCUCGAGCCGCCGCCGGGGCCGCGUGGAGGGGCUGCGGGAGCGCGUGCGCGUGCGCGAGGCCGGAACGCCGCGGGCGGCGCUGGGAGGUUGCGGUGGUCGCGGUGCCCAGGUGAGCGGCGCGCGGGCGACCCUUCCUCCCCUCGCAGAGCCCCCGCCCCCCGUUCGGGAUCCGUUUUCUUCUCCGGAGCCCAGGCCUCGGCGAGCACGCAGGAUAUAUGUUUGCCGUCAUGGAUCGGUUUGGAGAUAUAUCAGAAGGUGAAGUGGACCAUUCUUUCUUUGACAGUGACUUUGAAGAAGCAAAGAAAUGUGAAAGCAACUCAGUUUUUGACAAGCAAAAUUAUGACGAUGAAGAGAGAAUAGAUAAAGAUACGGAAAAUGUAAACUUGAAAUUUGGAAUACAAAGAAGGAAAAAUGAUCUUACUGAGAAGGGAAUUGAAAGAAAUGAGAAAAUUCCUCCAGAAGAACACCCCAUAGAAAAUGAUAAUGUACAAGCUAGGAAUUCUUUGUCCUUGACCACUUCUUCAAGAUCAAAAUUGUGUGAUGCUACAGUAGAACAUAAAAUACACUUGCCCAUCCCAAGUAGCAUUCCCAAAAUUCUAAAAGGUGAACGUGAUUACUCUACAGAUGGAGAGGAAAGCAGUGAUGAUGAGAAAAACCAUCAUGUCAGAUCAAAGUCAGCUAAACCAUCUAAUAACUUCAAGAAAAGCAUAAGUAAAAAGUAUUCCAGAAGUAAUUCCUCUUCCUCCUCUUCUUCUCUGUCCUCCUCGUCUUCAAGUUCCGAUACAGACUGUUCAAAUACCGGGUCUGAUGUCUGUUUAUCUGAUUCAUCUCCAUCAUUAAAGAAGCGUCUGUCUGGUGUAACCCACUUGCCACCAAAACAGAAAUAUAAACUGGGAGAAAAAUCAACAGGAGCACAGACUUCAAGUACUAAACCAAAAGUCGGUGACUACACCGAGGAAUCUGAAGAUACUGUGACAGAUGUCACUCCUUUAUCGACUCCGGACAUCAGCCCUGUUCAGUCUUUUGAACUGGGUGCGUCAAACGAUCAAAAAAUGAAAGUUAAAAGGCAAGAGAACGUGAGUCAAGAAGUAUAUGAAAAUGUUGAGGAUUUUAAAAAUAAUUCAAAAUCUUUGAAAUCAGCCAAAACAGGGAAAGAAAAACAUGAGCCCAGUCUUGCCUCAAUGUCGACAGUGUUGGAUUCCCAUUUAGACCACAGAUACAAGCAAAACGUCUUACAUGACACAAUGGACCUGAAUCAUCUUUUAAAAGCUUUUCUGCAAUUAGAUAAAAAGGGACCACAAAAACAUCACUUUGAUCAGCCUUCAGUAGCACCCAGGAAAAACUACUCUUUCACAAGAGAGGAGGUGAGACAGAUUGAUCGGGAAAAUCAGAGGCUUUUGAAGGAACUGUCGAGACAGGCUGAAAAACCAGGAAGCAAAAGUACGAUUCCAAGAAGAUCGACUGGUCCUCCCCCUAAGUUAUAUCAUAGUGCUCUCAACAGACAGAGGGAACAACAAAGGAUUGAAAGAGAAAAUUUGGCUUUAUUGAAAAGGCUUGAAGCUGUGAAACCAACAGUUGGUAUGAAACGCUCAGAACAGCUGAUGGAUUAUCACCGCAACAUGGGUCCUCUCAGCUCAUCCCCAACCUCCAGGCGAGUUAGGUCCACUCUUGGCCAGUACAGCCCGUUACGAGGAGCUUCCAGGACAUCCAGUGCUACCAGUGGUCUCAGUUGUAAGAGUGAGCGAUCAGCUUUUGACACAUCCAGUGGCCUGUUGCUAAGACCUAAGCCCCCUAAUGUCCGUACAGCUUGGUUAUAAAAACUCUUUUUACUUUAAACAUUGAUCACCAAAUUCUUACUGAAGUGCUCUUGUAUAUUACUAUCAUUCUCUGUAUAAACAUCUAAAUACUGCUUUAAGCAAUUUAAGGUGUACAACAGUGACUUGUAAUUUAUUGUAAUUCGAUGCAAAAUUGUUUUGAAAAAGACAAUUUAAUAUAAAAUCAGUGUUUCCUGUGAGGAGGAGUUUAUAUGAGACUUAUAUGUAUUUUACAGAGAAAUGGUAGUAUGCCGGUGUAUUUUCUCAACAUAGAAAUUGGUUCAGCUGUCAGACUGACAAAACAGUUGUGAUAGCAUCGCUGAACGUUGGACCCAAGAUGUUAGCUAUACAGUUCUUUUUUGAUGUGUUGUUUUUUUCGUUUCUUGUAAGCUUUAUACCAUGAGCAUAGCUCCUGACUGACUUUGUUUUCUCUUUGCUUCAGAACUUGGGCAGUGUGACUUAUAACUUAAUUGUAAGACAGUUAUUAUGAAACAAAUCUUGAAAUUUGUUUUCAUUGGUGGAGCUGAUUUAGAUUUGAUGAGCAGAUUGAGUGAAGCUUGAACUGGGGCCGUCCUUGUGAUUCACCAGAGGUACCUACUACUUCUGUAGAAGGGAACUGAGUUAGAUCUCAAACACUUUAUCAACCAUUCUGAACCAUUUCAAACUGUGAGUAUUAGAAAGCUCAACUUAGAAGCUCCUCUUUCAUGUUUUUAUAUAUUCAGGGAAAGUAGUUAAUGAUUCUGAGAAAUUAGGUUUCUUUAGAGCUACUGCAUUGUAAAUAGUUUGUCCAAGGACCAGAUCAUCAUAAGCAAAAACAAGUAUCUGUUGAAUCAGCAAAAUAGCACCACCAGUUUGAAGGGCCAAGAAGCAGAUCCUGAGUUGUGUCAGGACAGUGUUUUAAGGGAUGCUGUUAAUGAGUUGUGUUAUACUUAGAGUUUAUUGUUUUAAGUGAGAAGAAAAGAAAGAAAUGCAUUGUCUCACAGCUUUAGAAAUUCCAGCUAGUGUUUUUAAGGGCUGAAAAAGAAAACUAAAAAUAUGAAUGAUAAAGGGGAAAAAAAUCACGUUUGUUGAGGCUACUUUAAAUGUCAGCUAACUUUCUUGCUUUGCUUUGGUUUGGGCAUUUGUGUUGAACCCUGGAAGUAUCAUUUUUAUCUGUCCCACUUUUAAAGUCCUAAUAAUCUUAAAUGGAAUUAGUAAUGGCGAGUAGGGUGUAAUAUAGUUGACUUUUAAAAUUAGAAUAUUUUUCUGUCAAUCUAUAGGCUCUUAUACAACAAAGUAAUCUAGGUCAUGUUGCUUCUGCUGUCCUAAUUGUCACUGUUUUCAUUACUGGCCUUUUCUGUAUACCUUAAAAUGUAUUGGAAAGUUUCUAUAUUAAAUGCCAAAUCUUUCUUUUUCUUAGUGUGAAUUUUUGAUCUGUAACCACAGUAAGAUUUGUUCUUUGUUUUUCUGGGUUAACUCAAGCUCUGUAGCGUGUAUGCCGAACUUACUUUUCUUAAUACCUUCGGCAGUAAGCCAAACUGCAUUUUACUCAACAUCAAUUCAGAAUUUCUUGGUCUUAGUUUGUAUUGAUAGAUUUUGUUUAUGAUAGGGCAUGUGAAACGUGGGAAGAAUAGGGUUAAAAAAUUUAUGUGAACACAAGCUGACUGUGAGAUUUUUCUGCUGCUUUCUUUGAGCUUACAGUGUUCGUUCGCUGCUAUCUGAUAUUCUGUUCUGGUGAACAGAUUUUUUUUUUUUUAAUUUUUUUUUUAAUUUUUUUUUUAAUUUUUUUAUUUAUUUAUGGCUGUGUUGGGUCUUCGUUUCUGUGCGAGGGCUUUCUCUAGUUGUGGCAAGCGGGGGCCACUCUUCAUCGCGGUGCGCGGGCCUCUCACUAUCACGGCCUCUCUUGUUGUGGAGCACAGGCUCAGUAAUUGUGGCUCAUGGGCCCAGCCGCUCCGCGGCAUGUGGGAUCUUCCCAGACCAGGGCUCGAACCCGUGUUCCCUGCAUUGGCAGGCAGACUCUCAACCACUGCGCCACCUGGGAAGCCCUAGUGAACAGAUUUUUACAUUACUUAGUGCUCUGCUUUAUAUAUAAAUUUUAGCUAUACUAAACCAAGGUUUUUGUUUUGUUUUUUAACUUAUUGCACUUUUAAUGUUUGUAUAACAACCUAUCUUUAAGGAGCGAUAUGAUAAUGUUGAAUUUAAAAUUCAGCAUUUGAAUAUCUGCUCAAUAGUGAAUUAGCCAAUUUUUUUAAAUUGAUUUUUAAGCUGUUAGAGAAAAAAAAGUAUGCAACCUUUUAUGUAAUAGCAUUAGUUUCUGAAUACAUUUUGUAUGGUCUUUGCUACCAUAUGUCAGGAUACAAUUAUAAUUUUAUAGGUAAAGCUGUACUUUUAUUUUAUUUUUGAUCAUUAAAGAAUUUUUUUCUUUGUAUUUUGAUUUUAGAUACUAAUAUAAUGCCUUUAGUUUUUACUGCGUUAACAGGGGAGGUUCAUCUAAGUAUUUCUGAUAACAGGGGUUCAACUUGAAGAAAAAGUCAGGAAGAGCAACAAUAUUCAUCUUUUCAAAGUGGAAUUUACAAUUCUGUUGUCAUGAUUCGUUUAUAUGAUACGUAUAAAUAGAGGGAUAGGAGUUGAAAAAUGUGAUAUUCUCUGAUAUAAGUCAAGGUGCUUUUAAGAUGUCAUGAUUUAAGGGGUAUUUUUAUGAAGGAAUUGUAAGUAUACUAUUUUCAUUUUCAAGAACAUAAAAAAAGUGAAGGAUCCUCUAGCACUACUUUACAUUUGGUUCACUUGUACCUAAGAUAUAUAUUUUGAAGAUUUACACGUGCAACUAGAAAUUAUACUAAUCCAAGGUCUACAAUUACUAGGCAAGGUUCUUAUUGAGAGUUAUUUUCAUAUCUGUCAAAUGUUAAACUGAUGUUACAUCCUUUUUAAUAAGAUUCUAUGAAAGAUUUUGAACUAUUAAAGUUAUUUCCUAAGGGAUAGCAAUUAUCUCAUACUUCCCCUACUUCCUUUUUUCAAUCUCCAUAAAAAGCUGCUUUCUUAGCUACUACUCCGAAUAAAAUUUUUCUUGUUUGCUUAUAAAUGUAGUGUAAUGCAGUGGUUUUCAGCUUGUUAACCCAAAUGUCCAAAAUGUCCUAGAUAACUUUAAAAAGAGGUCAUUGGGAUGGAUAUGAUUGUGUACUUCUCAUCUUCAAAUUCAAGUACUGCACAGUGUGAAAAGGAUUAUGACCAAUAUAAAGCUGGGGACACAAGUUUAAGUUAUUCUAUUUUAAUAACUAAAUUCAUAAAAUGUUUAAUAUUUUAAAUGCCAAAGUCUAAACCUAUAAAUGAUUGUAAACCAUCCUAGAAAAUGUGCUUAAUGCUCAUGAAUACUUUUUCUAUGAAUAAAGAUAGUAAGAAACUUAAAAA